AUGUCGGGAGAAGGAGAGCCUAGCCACAACGCGCUUGCACAAACUCUACAAGACAUACAAGAACGAUUGGCACGACUAGAGGAGCUACCAAGGAGGCCAGAACCUAUUCGGGUCAAUUUUCCAAGGCGUGAAGAACCUGUACGAAACCGAGAACGCACACCCCCUGAUCCUCCUCAACGACGAAGAGACCACAGGAACAAUGUCCCAAUUGAAGAAGAUGAAGAGGACGAUGAUUUAUAUCGAGAUCAGCCUCGUCGUGCAAGACAUAACGGUAAAGAUACCAAACUCCAAUUACCUACAUUUGCUGGUCGUGUUAAUCCUGAUGCUUUUCUCGAUUGGGAGAGGCGGAUGGAUAAUAUCUUUGAAUGUUAUGAGUAUUCGGAGUACAAGAAAGUGCAAUAUGCUGCUGCACAACUCACCGACAAUGCCCUAGCAUGGUGGGAUCGCGAAGUCGCAGAAAGGAGGAGAGCACAUUAUGAACCCAUCUCUACUUGGCGUGAAAUGAAACUCAUGAUGAGGAGAAGGUAUGUUCCACCUCAUUUUCAUAGAGAGUUGCAGAAGAAAUACCGUUCUUUAGUGCAGGGGACAAAAUCGGUUGAAAACUACUUCGAGGAAUUUGAAUAUCUUCGAAACCAGUUGGAAUUGGACGAAAACGAGGAACCGGUGAUGGCAAAAUUCGUUGACGGACUGCAAGAACGAAUUUCUCGGAAGGUCGAAAGGUUAGUGUAUCAUGAUCUGCAGGAACUAUUACAUUUUGCUUUACAAAUUGAACAGCAAAUCAUCAAGAAGCAAAACCGAGUACACCGCUCCCGUAUGGCUGCACCAACUCCAUCAACAUACCGAAAUGAGGGCAAAGGAGUAACAACCACUGUGAGCAGGCCAAGUGCACAUGAAACUCAAGUUCGAGACAAAGGGAAGGCUGUAGCUACGUCCAAGGAUGAUGCAAAGGUAAGUAGAUCCCACUCUACUAAUCUUAGAACUCGAGAGAUUGUUUGUUACAAAUGCAGGGGACGCGGACACUACGCCAUGGACUGCCCAAACAAUCGGGUCAUGAUUCUCACAGAUGCGGGAGAGUAUGAGUCAAUGGACGAAGAAGAAGCUGAAAUUGCAGAUGAGGAGAUCGAAUACCCGGAUAGUGGUGAGCUAUUGGUUACGAGGCGAGUCUUGAGUACCAUGGCUACUUCUGAAGAGACGGAACAACGAGAGACCAUCUUCCACAGCCGAUGCACCAUAAGAAACAAGGUAUAUGGUUUGAUAAUUGAUAGUGGCUCUUGUACUAACGUUGCAAGUGCAUACAUGGUGAAGAAGUUAGGACUCGAAACGGAGAAGCAUCCUCACCCCUACAAGCUACAGUGGCUUAACAAUCAAGGAGAAAUCAAGGUGAAUGAGCGGGUCAAAAUUCCUUUCAGCAUCGGUAGAUACCAAGAUGAGGUAAUAUGUGACAUAGUUCCGAUGCAAGCCGGUCAUAUUCUCCUUGGACGACCAUGGCAGUUCGAUCGAGAGGUUUUGAUGCACAAGAACUACCUCCGGAGAUUACACGAAUCUUGGAACGAUUCCAAGAUAUCUUUUCGGAAGAGACACCUGCGGGGUUACCACCUAUGCGGGGAAUUGAGCAUCAAAUCGACUUAG